AUGAACACUCCCUUAGAUGAAUUACAAUGGAAAUCUCCAGAAUGGAUCCAAGCAUUUGGUCUAGGUACUGAGAAUGUCCUCGAUUAUUUUUCUGAAUCCCCAUUCUUUGACAAAACUUCAAAUAAUCAUGUCAUCAAAAUGCAACGACAAUUUUCCCAAUUACCACCUGCACCCAAUGGUGGAGAAACAAAUGGUAAUACAGAUCCUCAAAGAGAUGCUAAUGGGAACUUUAUUCCUAUCGGCGCCUCAACCAACAUUGAUGGUAGUAGUAGUAGUAAUUUGACGACUUUCAAGUACGUAGAUCCCAUUAGAAGGGCAAUAUUGAAUAGAUACCCAUUACAUGCAAUGUUAGAGACAGAAUUAAUGAAAUUGAAAGGAAUCGAGUAUGUACUAGCAGAUGUAAGUGAACCUGACUUUUGGUUAAUUAGGAAACAACGACGUUACAGUCGGGAACAAAUAGAAAUUUUACAAGAUUAUUAUAUUAUCGGUGCAAACGUUUAUCAAUCACCAACCGUUUUCAACAUAGUACAAAGCAGAUUGAUGUCUACUUCAUUACAUUUAUCAAAAACUUUAGAACAAAUUUAUAAAUUGACACAAUUCGAACCAUCACAAGGUGUCAGGUUUAUUAACCCACCAAUACCAGCAUCUUUAUCAUCAAAUGUCUCUACUGGAACAAAUCCAUUAAGUGGCCCUCCAAGUACAGUCAAUCCAAUGAAUAACGGUCAUACGAUUAGCAAUAAUAACCCGAGAAGUGUUGGCCCUCAAAUGACAGCAAAUACAGUCACAGGUGGCCAAACAGCAGUUAGUAUGGCCAGUACUUCACAAUUCGAUAAUUCAAAUAAUCCAAAAUCUAUAAAUGAAAGUAUGACGAAGGAAGUUAUGAAUAAAUUAAUAGUAACAAGUAUUAGAUCAUCACCUGAAUAUAUAUGA